CCGUGUGGGUAGUCGUUGUUUACCUGCCAUCUCGACGCGUAAGGUUCGUUUUCUCCGUUGCCCGCUUCUGUCCGGUUUACUUCCGUUGUUCUCAAUCACACGCGUUUGAGGCAUAGAAAAAAAAGACACCAUUUUUAGGCACUCCAAACUAGUAAAAGAAAAAAAAGAGUCGAGUACUAUACUACCUGUGUGUGUUUGUGCGUUUUGCAUAACCUUUAUCUCAAACCCUUUGGUGUGGCAAACAAGUCAUAAAUAAUCAAAUAUUAAAGUGAACACAAACGAAAAAGAGGCAACACUAAAAAAAAGUCCUUCCGCAUCAUGCUCAUGCCAAGUACGGUGACAUAAAGCAGUAUCAGGGGGCCUUUCGAAAACCCUGCCUCAAGUGCUUCUUAUCAGAGUGAAGUUGAAAGAAACUGUGUGCGCGCCCGGAACCCAAGCGGGAAAGAAAGCCAACGUGCAGCACUACAGAAGCAGCAGCUCCCGGCCAGAACACACAUCCAUAACAUUCAAGGACAAAUCAAAUCAAUUCUCAAUGCCAUACAUUCUCAUCCGCGGUAAUCUUGCGUCCUACGGUCACAAGCAUCCAUUUCGCGUGCUAGUCUCUGGCUUAAAAGCGGCAGACAUUGAACAGCUUAACCGUUUCCCAUGCGGAGGUUACAGCGAUGAGUCCACUGUCGUCUAUUUGCAGCAUCCGUGCGUAAUGCUGACGGCACUGGAGGUACUCGGGUAUCGCGUAGUAGCCUCCUCGUCGACAGCAGUGAAGCAAGAUUACAACGAGUACAUGUGGACAAUGCGGAAAGAGUUCAGCGAUCCCGAACCGUACCUCAGCGAAACAUCUUCGGCUGUGAUUGAGCGAGACAAUCUGGCCAACAGUGGUCGAGAGGGUGGCAACUUUAACGGAGGGAGCAGCAAAAUCGACCUACCGGAGUAAAUGUUCUGGCGGUCAUAGCAAAUGUACCAAAUAUUAAGAUUCGUACGGGUA